AUGGCUCCUGACCUCAUGCUCAACACCUGUUCAAUGGGUCCCACAGCUGUGGCCCACCUAGGUCAGCCACUUAUGCAGCUGUACUUGUACUUGGCCAGUUCAAGGACGGUUACUGGCCACCUCCCAUCCUUCACGGCAUUACAGCUUCCUCAGACUCCCCAGCGCCCUGCUUGUGUCCUGGCUGUGAGUGCGGCCAGCCAGAAAGGCAAUCGGCAAGCCCCAGCUUGGUGCCCUCGAAUGUCUCCACCUGUUCCAACAUCGCCACCACCUAAGCUCAGAAAGGGCACCAAGCUGGUGUUCAACCUGGGCCUCCAGGAAGGGGCGCGCCACUUGGUGGCCAAUGACAGAUCCACGAGUACCAGGGAUGGGGUGGCUGCCGGGCCCUGGAGCAUAGGACACGCCCCGAGAGCCUUGGUUGGCAUGGCCAAAGAACUGAGAUGGACACGGGGCUCAGCAUCGGCCGCAGGGUGCUCUUGGUCGGUCACCGAACGCGGAGUGCACACGCCCCCGUUCCGACAGGGCUGGGAGGCGCACGGUCCCGGAGCAGGCAGGGGCGCGGCGGACACCGGGCUAGCCAAGCAGCCGCUUUGGGGCCCAGCACCCAGCAGCAGGGGCAGCAGGGCCAGCACGGGCAGCAGCGGGGCACCGGGCGCCUGGGCGCGGCGGGGAGGCAUAGCGAGCGGAGAGAACGCAGAAGCUGGAGAGGAGCUGGGCGCGGUGACGGCGGCGCUGCUAGCGGCGGAGAUGGCGGUGGCAGCGGCGCCAGCGGCUAGUGCUGCUCAGCGGGACCGGACGCCUCCUGCAGCUGCGGGAGCCCGUGGUUCCCCGGGCAACCGCGGGCGGGGCCGGGGGCGGGGCCCACGGAGGCUGGGCUCCCGGCUGGAGGACCCGGGAUGGGAACCCUUCUGCUCCGCGUCUCAGCAAGUUGCAAGAAGGCUGUCUUCGGUCCCCAGCCUUAAGGGGUCAGAGUCGUGGGUGUGUCCAAAGGAAGGCAGGAUGGCACAGAGGUGGGAGCCGUCGGCUGAGAGAGGAGAGAGAGGUGAUGCUGGGGUAGAAAGUGAAUGGAGAGGCCCCGGCAGCCUGAAGAGAUCGCUUCAGAUGGCUCGCAGCUGCCACUCGCGACCUCUUGGCGCAGAAUCUGUGAAACCGCAGCGGGACCGGCCUGACCUUAUUCUCACGAGUGCUCCACCCGCUCCUAUAAUACUUGUCCCUGUCCCCAGCAAUCACAGCUCUCGCGCGCCACCAGCGAACCCAGCGGACUUCUCAAGGACCUGACC